AUGGCCCUUAACUUUGACUGUUUGUCAAACCUUAUGUGCGAGGAAGAUGCAGAUUGGGAUGAUGAGGUCACAAGUUCGAGUUUUCCCGAGGACAAGGUCGAGAAUUUAAAGAGCAUUGAGCUCACUAGACUACCAGACUUUCCUGUUGAAGACGACGAAAUGAUAUCUUUGUUAAUGCAGAAGGAGAAAGAGCAUCUUCCCCGGGAAGACUACGUUGAGCGUUAUCUAAACCUCGAUUUAGAUCUCACGGCUCGUCAAGAAGCAAUCAGGUGGAUGAACAAGGUUGAAGCGUAUAAUAAUCUGAGACCGCUUACAGUAUACUUAUCAGUAAAUUAUCUGGAUCGCUUCCUGUCAAGCUAUCAAUCGCAGCAAGGUAUAGGCUGUCCGUUACAGUUAUUAUUGGUUGCGUGCCUGUCACUCGCAGCUAAAAUGGAGGAUAAGGUUCCGCCACUUACUGAUUUACAGAUCGGAGGUGCAAAAUUUGAUUUCGAAGCUCAAACAAUAUACGAAAUGGAAGUCAAAAUCCUGACAACAUUAAAAUGGAGAUUAUGCUCCAUUACACCUUUUAACUUCAUUCAUUACCUCCUGUUCAGACUCAAAGGCACCAAUGCAGUGCCUCAAGAUUUGAUAUCUCAAACAGUCGCCUUCAUUAUGAAUACUACUAGAGGUAUUCAGUUACAGUACAACCUCUGGAAUGAAAAUUGUUGA